AUGCCUGUUGUCUCGCGACUCGUUUCUAUCCCGCUCCGCAUUGCGGAGAUCGCCUUUGCAGCCGUCGUCGCAGGUAUUAUCGGACACUACCUCGCCUCCCUCGACGGGAUUGAUGCCUGGCCCCAAGCUCGCUGGAUCUACACCGAAGUGAUCGCCGGUCUAUCCAUCCUCUUAGGCUUAAUAUGGCUAAUCCCCUUCUCCUCGGGCUUCUUCUCAUGGCCUAUUGAUAUCCUCAUUUCCUUUGCUUGGUUUGCUGCUUUCGGUAUCUUGGUCGACGCUAUUCACCACUUGCCAUGCGGCAGCAUCUGGUCCUGGCACUUUAGGGGUGAUGCUGUUUGUGGGCGCUGGAAGGCUGCCGAGGCGUUCAGCUUCCUCUCCGCUAUCAUCUGGCUUGUUUCUGCUAUUAUUGGCCUCUGGUUUACUUUCCGUGUGCGCGACCGUGGUGUUGGAACGACUCGCCGCCGCUGGGGCCGCCGUGGGGUUCCUGCUGUCUAA